ACGACAGGUGGUCGACGACUCGACCCAGCCGUCCCGACUGAACCUAUCGACUUCUCAUCCUCAUCAUCAGCCGCUUUCGUGCUCUAGCAAGAACGAUGUGCAGUGCUUUGUGUUGAAGUGCUCGUGGUGACAUGGCGUCCCUUUUCUAAGUGUGAUUUUAGUGCUGAAACAUUCUAAAUUUUGUUUAUUUACAAUGAAUGUGAACUAUGAUAGUGUUUGUAGACUGUGCUUGUCAGCUCGUGGCGAAUUACUGCCCAUUUUUCCUACCACCAGUUCCGAUGACUCUGAACCUCACGUCCUCGCUUCAAAAAUUAAGGAUUGCGUAUCGGUUGAGAUAACCGAAAAUGACGACUUGCCGACAAAUGUCUGUAAGAAGUGCAUGGAUAAUGUCAACAAUUGGCAUAUUUUCAAGGAUGUAUGUGAAAGAACACAAACCAAACUGAUACAGUUGAUUAAUAAAGAUGGCAACCAACUAGAAGAGGUGAAAGUAAAAAAUGAACCUCUGUCAGAUGAAGCAUAUGAUGAAGGAGUGGUUAUUGAUGGCUCUUACCCCGAUAAUGAGACCCAAAGCUCCCAUAAAUUACAACCGGAAGGCCCACCCAUCUUGACAUCGCUUGGGCUCACACCAAGGAGUGAUAAGGGAGUAGAAAGCGAAAAAGAUGAAGAAGAUGAUGAAGAUGAAGACGUGAAUAAUGUAGCCGCGCCUCUUGCGAAAGUAUCAAACAUGCCUGAAGUUUCUAUUACGGUUAUGCGUCCCACUGGUGAGACCCUACACGCCCGCCAAGGCAUUCAACAAAUAGCGUCAAAAGAUUGUCUUGUUUGUGGACGCAGCUACAGAUACUCACACAACGCCAGGCGACAUGAGUUGACCGCGCAUAGUUUUGAUAGGUACACUAACAAAACCACGACGAAAAAGUCUCGUACACAUCUACAGCCGAAAUUGAGGCCUAAUCCAUUUAAUCCCAAGGCGCGACUUAUGCCUAAUCCUAUCAGUCACAAAAUCCAGUUCAAAAACAUCCCGAUCGUCAAUGCGUCGAAAGCGGGUCCACCGAAACCAAUUCCUAUUAAAACUGUAAAUUCUAAAGUUACACAAAAUAAUUUACCAUAUCCCCUUCGUAUUAAAGCACUAAAAGACUUGCAAAUCAAGAAAAAAGAACCGCAAAUUUUGAAAACACUCCUAACAACAAAACCGGAAGUUUUAGUUUCUGAACCAGAAAUUAUGAAUUCGGGUCCUGAAAGUCCCGAAACUUUGAUAUCGGAACCAGAAAUAGCAUCGUUUCAGGUAGAAACUAUUUUAUCUGAGGCCGACCCUGAUGCUUAUGAUCAGCAAGGUGACGACGAAGCGGAAGGUGAAGUAAAUGACAGUCAAAAUCAGAACUAUGACACAGUAGAUAUGGAUUCUGAAAACGAGAUCGAAAUUGCACGUCAGCGCGAAGAAGUGGAUGACGAUAAGAAACAUGACGAGCAAGAUAAUGCAGAUUAUAAUGAAAAUCAUGAUGAGAAUAUGCAGAGUGAUACCGAAAAGGAUCAUAAUGAAGACACAGCGGACAGUCAAGAGAAUCCGAUGGUUGACGAAAAUAUUCAUAUAAAGUAUGAAGAUCAUGAAGAUAAAGAUAAUGAAGAUAAUCAAGAUGAAAAUGAUGAUUACGAUGAAGACUAUGUCCCUCCCGAAGGUCUCGCUCCCGUUGUCGAGAUAAACGAGGACAUGCAAACAAAUUCAUAUCUUAGCGAAAUGAACGAAGAGGAGGAGGAACUCGAUGAAACAGCCCAGUCAGGUGAAGCGAUUGAUCCCAACGACGCUACGGUUGAAGAAGAAGAGAAACCUGCUAAGGUUUUAGACCCUGAUAAAGUUUACGUGACUAAAUCUCAAAGAGAUUUUAUAAAUAAACAUCGCGAUAUAAUUGAGCAAAUUAACACUAAGCGAUGUCUGUGCUGUGACAGAGAACAUCCGCGCAGGAAAGCGGUUAUACAACAUCUACAGAAAAACGGGCACAAGGUUCCUAAACACACCUGCUACAAUUGUGUUGUAACUUUCGGCCACAUCGGCGCGCUGCUCAGUCAUAUGCGAUCGAAUUCGUGUACGGAUCUGUGGAAAAUAAUUUACGACGAAAACGGCAUCACCGACGAUAUCGUGAUAGAGGAUGAACCUGUGCCUGUGGACGUCAAAGUUCAGUAUAAAGAUAUCUUCAAUGCUAGGUCAUACGCUUGCAGACUUUGCCCUGCGAAAUUCCAAUUGAAACAGUUUAUUAUGAAACACGUAUUAGACGUUCACGAAGAUGGACAGUCUAUGAUGCCACUCCACUGCGUACAUUGCAGGGUAAGGUUUAAAGACAAAAAUUUGUUAAAGAAACACAUACGCGUCGGCGAAUGCACCGUUAAUAUUUCUUGCGAUUUGUGUGAAGAGAAAUUCAGAAACAUCCAAUAUUUUAAUGAUCAUGCCGUUGCUGUACAUGCCGGUAACCUUGAUCAGUCUGAAACCUUGACCAAGUGUGUGGACGGUAGGCCAACCGACUGUCCCGUCUGUGGAAAGAAGAACACAAACUAUCCUAGUUUGGUGAAACAUUUGAAAAUCAUACACGGCGAAGAUAAACCUCAUUUCUGUCAGCAUUGCGAUUCCAAAUUUGAACAAGCCGCUGAUCUAAACAAGCACAUAUACACGGAGCAUUCGGAUAGGACCUUAGGCGUUCAAAGCCAUGAACCUGACAUGACUCUCGUUAAAGAAGAGGCCGAAGAGUAUCAUUAUUCAUGUACUGAAUGCAAUGCGAUUUUUGAAACAGUUGACGCAUGGACUGACCACCAAGUUGCCGAACACAAUCAGGUGGCACAUCAUUGCGAUCAAUGCGAAAAGAAAUUUUUACGACCUUCAGAACUCGCGGAACACAAGAACACCCACUUGCGAGUGAAAUUUUACCCUUGCAGUCUGUGCUCUAAUUCCUACAGUACUCCGCAGAAACUUGCCGACCACGUUCAGCAAAUCCAUCCUGGAGCCGGGAAUACCCCCACCGAUGCAGAAUUUUACUGCGACAUAUGCAUCAGGUCUUUCAAAAGUCGCCAGGCGUAUUCUAAUCACAUGCGCAUUCAUGCUAAAGUGCCGACGACUAAUAGGAAACCGGGAGAUCCUAAGAGUUUUGCUCCACAAAUCAUCGGGAAGCCAAUUAAGUCUUAUCCUGGUGUUCAACCAGGCUUUGUAUCGUUUAAACCGAAUUAUAGUAAUAUCCCUAAUGCUCCGUAUUGUUGCGAUAUUUGUGGUAAAGGUUUUAUGCACAAGAAAAAUAUUUGGAAGCAUAAAAAGGUAUUACACGCUGAUCUCUUGAACGACAGAAAUGACAGUGAAGAGAAUACUAUGCAUGCCUCCACCGAAGAGGAUGAAUAUAAUCCAGAUGAAAAUGGUACGAUUUUGUCGACACCGCAGUUUAAUAGUUUUAACUUUGCUAAUUUCAAUAAUACGCAGCCGACUCAACCACAACCCGAAUUACCUUAUUCAUGUGAAUUGUGCUAUCAACGAUUUCCGGUCAGGAAUGCUUUGUGGAAACAUAAGCGUAAUAAACACGGAAUUAUUAAUCCGAAUAUGGGCUCCGGUUCUGAUAAUCACACGCAGUCCACAAGCGAGAGGGGCGACACCAGUAGCAGGUCAAGUUGCACGAUAUGCAAAAUCAAUUUCGCCGAUAAAAAGUCGUAUUAUCGUCACAGGAAGAACUUUCACAAGACUUCUGUGCAAAUGUGCAAAAUAUGUGGCAAACCGUUGAGUUCUACGUUGGAGCUUUACGAACAUCUGAAGGCUGCACACGCCCGUGAAUUGCUCGGUUAUAACGCCAAUCAGGUCACGAGUAGUAAAUCUCAAGACACCUCACAAGAUGUGGACGGAGACUACGAUAACGAUCAAGACACCGGCGACGCGAACGUCGACUAUCAAGCCAGGUAUCCCUGCGAAGCGUGCGGCAAACAGUUCGUAGGACUGCUGGCUUUACAGAACCAUCAGUGCGUUAAUCAACUCCCCCAGCAGCCGCAGACUUUUGAAUGCGAAAUAUGUCACAAGAGCUACACUUCGAUAUCAGCUCUGAAGAGCCACCGCGGUUGGCACCUUCGUUCGCCGGACGGAAAAGCUGCUGCCAAUAAUUCAGGCCUGUGGAUGCCACAGCACAAAGUUUCCCACAAAGUCAGUAAACAUGAAAUCGUCGAUGCCUCGCAACUGGCUCGCGUUCAACAUUCGACGCCGACUCCGGCAUCCGUUGCCAAAAGAAGAUUGCCACCAGAGGUUGAAGUCACAGUUGUGAACCCUAAUAAGAAGUUGCGAUCUGACGACUCUAUAGAGACAGACCAACAGAGUACAGGACCUCUUGAAGACAGAUACUGUGGCAUUUGCGACAAAGAGUUCACGAAACGCGCAGCCUACCAACGUCAUAUGGAUGAGGUCCAUCAACCGAAUUCAGUUUUUUGUCCUGUUUGCGAUAAAAGCUUCACGAGAAAGUCUACUUUGAUCGUACAUAUGAAGAAGCAUUACGAAAGCGGCGAAGGAAGUUCCUCUGCUACUGGCUUAGGAGAUGAAGAGGUGCACGCUUGCGAUCUUUGCGGCGCGCAGUACGAUAAUGCUGAUGCGCUGAGGUCUCACAAAAUGAGACAUCACGGCGAGGAGGAAUCCGGAGAUUCCGAAGACGACGGUAACGGCGUGGUGGACCCUCCCGGGGAAUUUACAUGCGCUCAGUGUGGGGACGGGGUGGCCACCCCACGGGACCUCAUCGCCCACCGAACAAUGCACGCGACUCCCACCAAAUUUUUCUGCAACAUUUGCAAAGUAUAUUUUGCGAGGGCCCUAGACCUGUCCACACACACGCGGGCGCGACACUCCGACAACGAAAAGGUCUACUUCCCCUGUGCUAUGUGCGACCGUUCAUACAUGAACAAAAAGAGUUUACAGAGACACAUAGAAAUGUCUCACUGAUGUAUACAGGCUAUAAAUAACAUGGGUUAUUUCUACGGGAGAUAACAGAACCACUCUUUUCAUGUUUGUACUUUCCUGCUAACGCCGUUUGGGGGGACCGUGUUCAGUUAUGUACAAUUUUAUACGCAUGCUAUUCGUCUUUAUCUAAAGCAAUUGUAAUGUUCAGUCCAAGACUUUAUGAUGUCAUUCCUUAACCUUAUUGUUUUGGCAUUAAGAAAUAUGUAGUUAUUUUCGUAAUUUCGAUUUUAUUUUUCGUUUUAAGCGUUUGCUCACAUAGUGUGUUAUUUAAUUUUACUUUUCGUUCAUAAUGAAUGCUCCCGCGAACAGUGGGGUCAAUUCUAAACUUAUGUUUAUUUUGUCUGUAAGUACUUACUUAUGAUUGCUUCGAUAUUAUAAUCAAUUUAAUUUUGAAUGUUUAAUAACAUAUAUGGGCCAAAAUUGAAAGAUUAGUCAAAAUCAGUCAUAUUUUAAGCAACCAGUGUGUUUAAAUUAAUUUCUCAUUACGUUUUAUAAUUUUAAAAAAAAUAUUCAUCUUUUUCUCGGUCGGCAUGACCUAGGUUUAAAAUAUUUGAAUUGAUACAUAUAUCUUGUAAAUAUAAUUAAUGUAAUUUCGGGAUCUAAAAGAGUUUUUUAUCGAAGGACCGUUUGUGUUUAAAAUGUACUGAUUAUUUUAGUGAUUUCAAGUAUAAUAAUUAUAUUUUAUACGAAAACCACAUAAGACAUAUUUCCUCAUCUAUGGCUGAAAAUACGAAGUAAAUUAAACAUAACAUAAUUCAGAGUUUACUUGAUCGUCUGCGAAUCAGUGCCAAAAUUAUGUUUUGCUUCUUGAUAAGGUGAUUAAUAUCAGAAAUGUUCCUGUAAAAAUACAAAGUUAUUCUAUAAGAACGCUUUAUAGAUAUGCAUUUAUUUAUCUUUAAGAUAAUUAAGGUCUUGUGAAAUAUAUAAUGUAAAAUAUAUUAUGUACUAUCAUACUUACGACUACACUCUUAUUAAUAUAAUAAAGACUUUUCAACGAAGUCGAUAAAUUUUAAAACAAAGCUAUCCUCGCUUGAUAUUCAAACCACAAUUUUAUUUAUUUCUUUAAAAUGAUAUCAACUUUUGCGUAAGCUUAAAACUUGGCGCCUCCAUGUUCGGCUUUCAUGGAAAAAGCCUGAAUGCCAAAGAAAAUGUGUACGCCGGAAGUUUAAGUUUUAGUUAAAUGCCAAUAUAGGAAUAUGAGCAUUAUACGGCCCUUCUAUAAUUGAAUGCUCAUCGUAGCUCAUGGACUAAUAUCAGAGACAAAGCCAAGCAGUUGUCGACUAAGUCAGGUAGUUUGAUGAAGGAAGAUCUGAAAGUCUAUGCCAUGUGCGAUAUAAGUAAUCCCCACUAUAACACGGUAGAUUGGUUCCGCGUUAUAGGAUACGUGUUGUCAGAAUUCUCGCAUAACGCGCUUGUAUGACUUCAUAUAAAGCGUUAUGUACAAAUAGAUAUACGAAUAUAAUAUAGUAUAACCAAUGUUUUUCCUAUUACAAAACUAGGAACGCAAAUGUAAUAAAUUAAUUUAUUUUAAUUUCACAUGACAAUUACUGUACAAUAUGCAAAAUUAAUUAUGAAUUGUAGAAAUAAUUAUAAAUUUCACAGUACAGAAAUAGUAUAACGUGUGAAAACCCCGCGUUAUAUGGGGGAUACCCGUGUUAUACGAGGGACUGAAAUCGCGUAAUAUAAAACUGCGUUAUAAGGUUGCCGUGUUAUAAGGGGGGGAUUGCUGUAUUUUUUCCUUAGACCUGCGAGUCACUUUUUCGCAAUGACUAAGUUCUUAAAAGUGUCUUUCGGAUGAUUUAUAGAUGAUAUUUUGUCUGAGACCAGAUUUCGGAGCCUUUAUUGUCAAAAUGAUAAUGAAGAAUAAUCAUUUUCAAAAAUUAAUUUCGCACAUUCGAAUAUUUUUAAAUUGACAAAGUGUAAUUACCAUUAUAUUAAUCAUGUGGCAUUGCUAUAUUACACUAUCUCGAAAAUGUGCCAUAACUCAUAUUCUGAUGUAAAAUAUAAGAUUAUGAAUUUAAUUCGACGUCAUCAUCACAGAUCCUUUAUUUUGGUUUAAAAACAUCACAAUCUAAUGUUUAAGACAUUUAAUGCAUACUUUAAAUUAUAUAAAAGUCAAGUUAUAUCAGAGUCUGUACUAUUUUCUUGUGAAUAUAUUUUAGUUUCAUUAAAAGAUGGUAUCUUUAUUAAUUGUGCCAGGAUUAAGUCUUCAAGCUCUCUUGCAUUAUUUAACGAUUUAUUCUCAGUUGCAGCACAACUCAGUAGCAAUACAAACUAAUUAUAAAUCGAAAUCAGUGGGAAAUUUAAUUUAAGUUGUAAAAAUUAUGGAAUAUUAUCUUAAAUGGAGACGAAUUAUCUGACGAUGGGCAGCGGUAGCUGGUUUAUGAUCAUGUUGGGUCUUUUAAUUAAAUUGAAAGGUUUGAUCGUUUUACAAAUUAUUGCUUCUUUCGAUUGGUCGCCUUUAAUUCAUUAACAUCUGUGCUUGUAUCUUUUUACACUAGGAUCACCUGGUGCGUAGGUGUCAUCGUACCAGCUGUGUCCGAUUCAAUAUUCAUGUUGACGAUGAAAAAUUGUAAAGUUUUGAUGGCAGGAUCCCAAAUAAGACACAAAAAUAAUAGUUUAUAAAAACAAACAAAAUACCCUUUUAUAGAAAAUGUAACUAAAAAAAGGACAUGAAUUUUAAUAAAUUUGAAUUAAAAAUA